AUGAAUGGUGAUAGUGAAAAGCACACGCACUUGAGGGGUGAGGUGAUGCACGUCGAUGAAUGUGUUUUGUAUCGACCUACGAAUGCGAGGUGGCCUCCCCUGAUCCCUCCGGGCUCUAAGAUCAUAGCUCAUGUGAACCCAGUCCCGGGCGGUCUUGCUCUUCGGCCAGCGCACGGUGACAACACAUACAGCCCGAGCCACUACUACCUGUUCCCCGUGACGCCGCCGCCGGGCCCUGCCAAAUCCCCGGUGCCCCAGUCAAUCCAGGCUCAGACCUACAAAAACGGAGCCACUCCUCAAAUCAUUGAUCUCAAAUCGUACUUUCAGUUACCUAACAACAACCAACCUCUUCCUCCUAGCUUAACUGCCCAACCGGGCGUCCCACCAGCUGCACCUUACAUUCCCAACGUUACACCUAACCCCAUUCCUCUCAGCACGCAAUCCGUCGGCUACGUCACGCCUGGCCCCUGGACGGCGGCAACCAGCCCGGCAACGGAGAGAACCACACUCCUGUCCAUGCAGCCCAACUCCCAGCUCAAAUUCUACACCCCCCUAACGGACCAAACGACGCCCCCCUCUUCGAUCAAAAUGCCGCUCAAGCCCCCCGCGCCUGGCAUCCUCCUCGCCAAUCAUAAUCUGGACGAGACCGUUUCCCCGCAGGAGUCCAAAGGGCACGAUUACUUGAGGAACAGCAACCACCGGGAUCCGAGCGAAAACCACGGAACGAACCAGAAACAGAAGAGCCAAACGCACUCGAACCACAACUACAACCAUAGAGAGGAAGAUACCACUCCGGCACGACGCUACAACGAAACCAUCCGAUACCACAACGAAGGGAACACGGAUCGACAAGCCGAGAGCUUCGAAACGGAACCGGAAUCCGAAGACGAUGACGGCGGAGGACAAGAAGGCGAUGAGGGUGGAGGAGGGGGUGGCGGCGGCGGGGGUGGCGGUGCCGGUGGUGGUGGUGGAGGGGAGGAAGAAACAGCCAGCGGAAGCGAUGAUGCAGAGGUGAGCAACGAGAACGAGUCACACACGGAAUCACCACUUCGCGUCAGAGGCAGCUGA